AUGGAUACUACUAUUCCUAUUACAACAACAUCAAACGGUGUAACAACAACGGCCAGUACAAUCACUAGUGCAACCCCAUCAACUGACAUAAUUAGUGCUACAGCAUUUUAUGACACAACAAUAAGUGAAACUGUACCGAUGUCAUCUGCAACAAUAUCAAGUUCCUCGACAAAUAGUGAAACAUUGACUAUGAAUUAUGAUUCAAGCAUUCAUAUGGUCAUGAAUACAGACGAAACUCUAAGUUCAACUUCUUUUGUUUCAAGUAUAUCUGUGUUUACAACAUCAGCUUCAAUAAUAUCAUCAGUGAGUGUGCCAUCCGAAACUCUUUCAACAACUGCAAUGACAAUCAGUGAUCCUUGUCUAAGUACAAUGAUGGAUUUAGCAUAUAUAUCAACUUUUUCUUUUGACCCAAAUACUGAAAACCCAAUAUCUACUUCUUCUAUGACUAAUGACUUAAUGAUGGAUAGUACCGGUUCAACUUCAACGAAUUUCGAUGUUACGGAUUCAUCUGACCCAUGUGCAAUAUAUUGGACAAGUUCGACAAUUCAUACAAUAACUGAAACUACGACAUUCUAA